GCUCCCCUCCCACCCCUUGGCUAAACAAAAAAAUGCUGACUCCACUCAGAUCCUUUGCUCUAGCUGUAUAGUUAUCAUCUGGGAAAACCUUCCCCCUUUAGCAACAGCAGCUAAAGGAAUACUUGGAAUACCAAAGUAGUUUUUGCAGUGACUUCUUUUUGCACUCUCAAUUCUCACCCGCCUCUAAAGAACUUAUCAGAAUCUAAAUCCAUCUGGUCUCAGAAGUGGAAAGCUCUUCUCUAAGCCGAGGAAAGAUGUUUAUUAAAGUUCAAUUCUUCAUCUUCAUUCUAGGGAGCGUGCCUUUCAUAGCAUUUGCUGAAGAAGCAAGUGCAAUUCUAGAGGGAGAAGAAAGUGCAACAAUUGAUUUCAAAGACAGAAAUGACACAGAGUUUGAAGAAUCACCAACCCUGCUGCCCACAAGUCUACACAGUGUAACAAAUCUCUUGGAGUUUGGACAACUAAUGACCACAGAAAGUGCAUUUGCCCUGCCGGAAGACAGUGACAAUUCUACAGACAAUGAAGUUAACACAGAAAGUGUUGAUGGUGGACUGGGUGGGGAGCAACCAGAGAAAACUGAGAAAGGUGGUCUGGAAACAAUUGCACUUGUUGGAAUAAUUAUUGGAAUCAUAGUAGGUGUUGGAAUCCUUGCAGGAAUCAUAAUCGCUGUUGUAAGGAAGAUGUCAGGCAGGUACUCGCCCUGAAAAUAGUUGAAAAAGCAACCAAGCCAUUCUAUGCCAGUAAAUACAUAGCAAGUGCUUCUUACUUUAUAAGAACUGAAGACUAUUCCUGUAUUGGUGUGAGAAGAUGAUCCAUGGAAAAUAUGGUUGAAGAAUUCCAGAUCUAUGGGGAUCCCACACAACUCUCCCAAAGACUAUUUUCUACAGACUACAGAAAAUGGAACAUUUGCAUAGGAUUUUUAUUAACCAGGAGUUUACUAGAAGAAUGAAAAAAGAUCAUUCAGUAGGAAAAAACUCCAGCAGCAGCAACAUUUACAUCUGAAAUAUGAUUUGCAGGUAAUGUAUGCUAGCUUGAUUUUAAAUGCUGCUGGCAAAGACUAUUCCACAUCACAUUUUAUGCAUUUCUUUAAAAAAUACAUCCAGAAUCUUUUCUGUCAAGUGUUUUGGCUGGUUAAGUGCUUAUGGCAUGUUCAUCUAGUGAACAUAUAGUUUGGCAAGAUUUGAAAUUUCCUACCAAAAAGAAGGAAUUGCUUCAGAGAGAAAUAAUUAUAUACAAAUUCAGAAAACAUUAGGUACUGGAAGCUAAAAUCUUUCCACUAUUGAUACCGAUUUUUUGCUGUUGAUACUUACGUUAUUGUGUGACAAAGUGUGAUAGGUCCAGCUGGAACUGACCUACCAACUGAAAGCUUGUGCAUCUGACUGCUGUGACAAGAAUUUCCUGCCUCCUCUUGUUGCAGAGACACAGGGAUUGAAAUACACAUCCUGAAUUAAAGGGUGCUUGGAAAAUACCCAGUUUUGAUGGGUCAACUUUAACCAGUUACUCAGCACGCUUUAGAGCUGAUGUGUAAAAGCUUUUGAAUUAAUGUAUAUGUGUUUUCUUUAUAACUGUCUCAUUUUCCAGCAGGGUAGCCUGCUUGAUCACGUGUGCCCGAUACUAGAUAUGAGCAUGUUAGUGAGGUAUAAAGCAUUUUUGGACUCUACAGCUUUCCACUAAGGCAUAUUAAGUGCAGCAGUACCUGAACACGCAGAGUUCAGAGUAAAAGCUUUGCAUGCCAAAUGGCUGCAAUGCAUCGUGUUUUCUAAACUAAGGCAUUAAAUGUUUGGUGUAAAAAUCAUUAAAGUCCAUAUGGUCAAUAUGUAUUAAACAAUUUAUCUAGA